GGACUAUACACCUCUGGACAUUGAGAUACCACCUCUGACAGUGAAGAAUAUAAAGUUUGGUGUUUUUGUUGAAGAUAAGAAGGGGCGGUAAUGCACCUUAAAGCUUAAAGCUUUUGGCCAACCGAGGAGAAGAAGAAACAGAAGGAGGAGAAGAAGAGAGAGCGUGCGCCUGGUCUCCAUGGCCGUGACGUCUCCAGUAAUUUAAAAUUGAACCGGGAAGAAGAAGGGAGUAGAGUAUACGGAGAGGAAGAGAGGAACACUCAGCUGGGUAACAAUGAAUGAGCUGGAAGAUGUCAGCCAUCACAUCCAGGACAGGAUCUCUUCCUUACAGCGCAUGCUGGAUCUGUCUGCUGCUGAAUUGCCUCAAAGUAAGAUGAAGAAGCUUGGUCAAGAACUCUUUGCACUGGAGGAACUUCUGGAGGAGUUUGAAAAGUGUGUUGGUCAACAGAGAGAGCAGCUGGAGCAUCUGAAGCAACUUGAGAAGUCUCUCCAGAAGGAUUUGGAGGGCGUCCAGCACAUUAAGGACAACGUACCUGCACACAUGCCCCGGAAGAAAGAGCCAGCAAAUGGAAGCCAACCUGUAAAGAACCAGAGAGAAGGUGGAGAUCUUCAGCCAGCCCAGCCGGAAAAUGUCAAAAAGACCAACAAGAGCUCCGUCAGAGAGCUGGAGGUCAUCACUAUGCCAGAGUUUCAGAGCAUCCCUCAGUACAUGAAAGGACGUGCAUCAUAUGAACAACUUAAUGCCGCGGUGCAGAGCAUCAACACGGCGGCAGCAGCCAAGUACAAGAUCCUCCGACAGCCGCUGAAAAGUCUCAACAAUCACGCACGCAAGCUGCACCAGCGCUUCAAGGACCAGGAGACAAAAGACACAAAAGGUCACCAUUUUGUGGUGGAGGACGACAUCCGUGAAUUUACUCAGAUGAAGGUGGACAAACGCUUCCAAGGGAUUCUGAACAUGCUGCGACACUGCCAGCGGCUCCGGGAGCUUCGAGGGGGGGGCGUCAUCCGAUAUAUGUUGUUAUGAACCAACGUGACUUCAUCCCAUGAAUUUGCGCUUUCACUUAGGUCGUUUUUUUUUCUUUUUUAUUAGACAACAAUUAUACAUAUGUUGUUUUUGAUUUGUCAGAUAUUUGGCCUCAGCACACUUUUCGGAGCAAAAAGUGACCGUCACAGAAUGUGAGCCCGCUCAAAUUGUCAUCUAAAUGUACACAUUUAAAGAUUUACCCAUGGAUGUGCUUUAAUGUGCCACCUAUAUGUGCGCAUAAUACUGGAAUAUGUAUGUGUUUGUAUGUUGUGGUAUAAAUCACUAUAAAGACUUUUCUAUAUUGAGACAUUAACAUUGUUAAAAGUGUCAACAGCAUCUUGCAUUAAGCUAAACUAAAUAAAAAUCAAAGAAAAAUGUGACUAAUAACUUGAAAUACUUAUCCCUCACUAUUCUA